AAUAAUCGGAAAAAGCUGCAAAUUCUGUCUCUCACGCAUCCCUUUCCUCUUUUGCGUCUUCUUCAAUAAUCACUGUUCUUGUCACGCUUUUUUCUUUUAAUUUCCAAUUUCCUUUUCUCUUUGAACAACCACAAUCGAUACUGACACGCCGAAAAAGAGUUUCACUUUGUGUCUGUAUUUGUUUGUUAGAGACGAACUUGAUAUUAUCAUCUUUGAUAAAGAGAGAGAAUCAAGAAAUCAACAAACAGACAAAAGCCCAUAACCCCACGUUUGCCCUCUCUUUCUUUCUCUUGAUUCCAAGUCGAAUGCCAUUUCUCCAUCUGGGUUUCACAGUAUGUCGGCGGUUGAAGCUCCCCGUGGUGAUUCCGACCCUGCAAAUCCGAGCUCCUUGCCAUUUCGCGAUGCUCGUUCAGCUGCUGGAAGCUGCAGCGACAUGUCAGUACUUGAUGAUUCUGAUGACCAGUCGUGGCACUCGGUUUUUGACUCCACAGCCUGGGGAUCUCACGGCGAGGGUCAAUUUUCCGGUGAGAUAGAGGGCGUUCCGGACGCCGAAAUGGGUCAUUUCAUCUCGGAAAGCUCGUCGGAGGUGGAUUUGGAGAGCGGGGAUUUGGAGGUGAAGGUGCAUUUGGGGAAGAUCGAAAGGGACUGCAGAAUUUGUCAUUUGGAGCUGGAAAGCAGUGGAGGAAGAGAUAAUUCUGAUACUCCAAUUCAGCUUGGUUGUUGCUGUCGAGGUGAUUUGGGUACUGCCCACAAGCAAUGUGCUGAGACUUGGUUCAAAAUCAAGGGAAACACUAUUUGCGAGAUAUGUGGGGCAACUGCACAAAACGUGGCAAGUCAACAAAUAAACGAACCGAGCAAUGCAGUUGCGACUGCAGUAGCAUCCUCAGCUCUGACAGCACCCCUGACUCUAGUCGAGACUCGAACAAUCUUUCACGGUCGACGCAUUAUGAACUUUCUGCUUGCUUGCAUGCUCCUUGCAUUUGCAAUGUCCUGGCUUUUUCAUUUCAAGUUAAUGUCAUAGACUUAGGAAGAAGGAAGAAAAUUAAUGAAGAAAGGAAAAUGUAGAGGCAAUUUGGGUUCUUCAGGCCUUUGUAUAUAUAUUUACACUUUCAGUUUGAUUAGUUAAUUUUGAAGGGGUUGGUUUAUUUAGGCAUUUCUCAAUUGUAGUGUAGUGAAUGGCUAAUGAAUAGGGUUCAGUAAAUAGAAA